AUGAAUGAUGUGACGUUACAUUUUGGUAAAAAGUGGCGCUCGCUCACACCGCAAGACAGGCGGCCGUUCGUGGAGGAAGCGGAGCGGCUCCGGGUCAUCCAUAUGACUGAGCACCCCAACUACAAGUACCGGCCUCGGCGACGGAAGCAGAACAAGACUCGGCCCAACCAGCCCUCCACGCCAGCCAGCGCGCCACCCGCCACCUCCGCAGCGCUCGGCUCGCCCUAUGCGGCUGGCACGGACUCACCCGACCCUCGCUUCAGUCACAACCCCGGAGCCGGCUUCUCCCCUUACCGAACCUCGCCUCUCGCAUCUGACUUCCAAAACAAUCAACAAUUCAACGGCCAUGUCCAAACUCCAGAAUCAUCCCCAGCGCGGUCUCCCGAACCACAAGGCAGGAGGAGCGCACCAGCUGAAGCUCCACUACCCACACCUGAUGCAUCUCCAGUUGAAAAUGAAAAGGAAAACUUUCAAUAUGAGGAGAGAAGGCGGGCGAUUAAUGCGUCCUCAAUGUCUGACUCGUACUCACCUUACAAAACUUAUAGAACGCCGGGUUCCUUCUCGCCAGCGCCAGUCGCAGCCAUGGGAAUGGCUAACGGAAUGUACGUCAUGUGCACGCAGAGGACUUUGACUGAACAGCCGCCUCUGGUAACAGGAACGUUCUUUCCACCAGUCGCAACCUCACAAGACCAACAAGCUCUUGGUACUUCAACGCCAAGAGUUUCUAACGCUCCGAGCGGCCCCGUGCCCACGGAGUACACCAUCCAGUAUCAUCCCUUCGAGCAAUAUGAACAGAUGUAUAAAACAGAAGACUCGUAUGUGUCUCAUUAUCCGGAUCAGCCAAAAACUGAAUAUGACACUGGCGGCAGCUACUUCUCUGAGGAGCCGCCGAAUAAUCAGCAGCAAGAAGGAGAGCAGAACUUCAUGAACCCUCGUCCGGAGAUUAGAACGGGCUCGCCUGAGUCUGAUGUGGAUGCUAGGGAGUUUGAUAAAUACUUGGAUUACGGAGCUGAGGGUCCACUAGACCAACACCAGCAGCAACAGCAAUACAGAUACGAGCAGCAGCAGAACUACCGGCCCCCGUACUGCCCCGAGCAGGCACCGGGUCCCGAGUACUGCUCCGAGAGGAUGUACGCCUCACCAUACGCGUCUGUGAUCGCUGGAGCCCCUCCCGCUAACUACGUGCCCACUGCGCCCGGCUCUGACGUCAGGCCCGAAGACGAGUUCAGCGUAAUACUGGCCGGGGUCCGGCAGACUUGUUACAGCAAUUGA